UUCAGUUAACUGAUUUUUUUCAGUUUUGAAAAAGUGAUGCAUUUCUUUGCUACUUAGUUUAAACCUAAAAGCAAUUGUUUGAUUAGAAAUGAAGUCUAUUGGCUUAAAGAAUGUCAAGGUUUGUGGGUCAAAGAGCUCUGUACGUCUAGAAGGUCAGUCAUGCUCAUUGGGCCAUAGUAGAAGAAAAGUCAAGCUUAUGGAUGAACGGUCAUAUACUCUUUCAAUUGGCAACGGAGACUACUUUUGGACCAAUAAAGACACAUUGUGGAAUUAUGUGCAGACUAUGUCUGAUCAGGGAGCAGAGAAACAUGAAGGCACAGGUCAGUCCUCUGGGAUCACUGAUCAAGAGAAGGAGUUUUCCACCAAUGCUUUCCAAGCUUUCACGUCUGGAAAUUAUGAUGCCUGUCUACAACACCUUGCCUGUCUACAAGAUAUAAACAAAGAUGAUUAUAAAAUAAUUUUGAAUACAGCAGUAGCUGAGUUUUUUAAGAGUAACCAAACAACAACAGAUAAUUUGAGACAAACACUUAACCAGCUGAAGAAUCAGGUCCACUCAGCUGUUGAAGAAAUGGAUGGAUUAGAUGAUGUUGAAAACAGCAUGUUGUAUUAUAAUCAAGCAGUCAUUCUGUAUCAUCUGCGGCAGUAUACAGAAGCAAUAUCAGUUGGUGAAAAACUUUAUCAGUUCAUAGAACCUUUUGAAGAAAAAUUUGCCCAAGCAGUGUGUUUUUUGCUUGUAGACCUGUAUAUAUUAACCUACCAAGCUGAGAAAGCUUUGCAUCUUCUUGCUGUCCUAGAAAAAAUGAUUUCACAGGGUAACAAUAAUAAAAAUGGAAAGAAUGAGACUGGUAAUAACACCAACAAAGAUGGAUCUAAUCAUAAAGCUGAAAGUGGAGCUCUAAUAGAAGCUGCAAAAUCAAAGAUACAUCAGUACAAAGUACGAGCUUAUAUCCAAAUGAAAUCUCUGAAAGCAUGCAAAAGGGAAAUCAAGUCAGUUAUGAACACAGCUGGAAAUUCAGCACCUUCUCUGUUUCUUAAAAGCAAUUUUGAGUACUUAAGGGGCAAUUAUCGAAAAGCUGUGAAGCUAUUAAAUAGUUCAAACAUUGCUGAGCAUCCAGGAUUCAUGAAAACAGGUGAAUGUUUGAGAUGCAUGUUCUGGAAUAAUCUUGGUUGCAUCCAUUUUGCCAUGAGCAAGCACAAUUUGGGAAUUUUCUACUUUAAAAAGGCUCUGCAGGAGAAUGACAAUGUCUGUGCUCAGCUCAGUGCAGGUAGCACUGAUCCAGGCAAAAAAUUUUCUGGAAGACCCAUGUGUACAUUACUAACCAAUAAGAGGUAUGAGUUGCUAUAUAACUGUGGAAUUCAGCUUCUUCACAUUGGAAGGCCUCUUGCUGCCUUUGAGUGUUUGAUUGAAGCAGUUCAGGUUUAUCAUGCAAAUCCUCGCCUCUGGCUACGGCUGGCUGAAUGCUGCAUUGCUGCCAAUAAGGGGACAUCUGAACAAGAAACUAAAGGUCUUCCAAGCAAAAAAGGAAUUGUACAGUCCAUUGUUGGUCAAGGCUAUCACCGUAAAAUAGUUCUGGCUUCACAGUCCAUACAGAAUACUGUUUAUAAUGAUGGACAGUCUUCAGCCAUUCCUGUAGCCAGUAUGGAGUUUGCAGCCAUUUGUCUCAGAAAUGCCUUGUUGCUGCUACCUGAAGAACAGCAAGAUCCAAAGCAGGAAAAUGGGUCUAAAAAUAGUAAUCAAUUAGGUGGGAACACAGAAAGCAGCGAAAGCAGUGAAACUUGCAGCAGUAAAAGCCAUGAUGGAGACAAAUUCAUUCCAGCUCCACCUUCUUCUCCAUUGAGAAGACAGGAAUUAGAAAACUUAAAGUUUGGAAAUCCGUUUUUUCAUUUUAGGUUUUUGGGCCAUUUAUAUGCUGCAGAAGCACUCAUCUCUCUCGACAGAAUAUCUGAUGCUAUUACUCACUUGAACCCAGAGAAUGUCACUGAUGUCUCCUUAGGGGUCUCUUCAAAUGAGCAGGACCAAGGCUCAGACAAAGGUGAAAAUGAAGCAAUGGAAUCCUCUGGGAAGCGGGCCCCUCAGUGCUACCCCAGUUCCGUCAACUCUGCCAGGACUGUGAUGCUGUUCAACCUUGGCAGUGCUUACUGCCUGAGGAGCGAAUAUGACAAAGCCCGAAAAUGUCUCCAGCAGGCGGCUUCAAUGAUCCAUCCUAAAGAGGUGCCCCCUGAGGCCAUCUUGUUGGCAGUCUACCUUGAACUGCAGAAUGGUAAUACCCAGCUGGCCUUACAGAUCAUCAAAAGGAAUCAGCUGCUCCCUGCAGUGAAAACACACGCUGAUGUGAGAAAGAAGCCAGUGUUUCAGCCUGUCCACCCGAUCCAGCCCAUUCAAAUGCCAGCUUUCACCACUGUGCAGAGAAAGUGAUAUUGCACUUUUGGAAAACUGUUACCUGAGACCCAGGGUGGUAUUCACUGGCCUUUUUCGUUGUAUCACAGCAAAAUGAAUAAAAGACAGAUGGUGAAGGUUAUUAAUUUUGAAGACAGAAUUUUGAGACAUUCUCUACCUGUGACUUUUUUGCCAGAAGCAUACUUAAAAUUAAGGAUUCACAAACUCAUUUUCUGCUGUUUUUCUUUAAUUUCUGCCUGUUAAUUUUGAACCAUUAUUCAACAUGUGUCAUAGGCAAUUAAAACACGAUCUUAUCAGAA